GUGAGUGUGUGUAAUGGAUAUGUGGGUAGGCCCUGAGAUUAACAACACAUUAUCGGUUCUACAGCCCAAAGGGGAUCAUCAUGGCAACAUGUCAGUCAUGGUCCGUACCAGCCCGAAUAUUAUGGGAUAGGUAACGGAUACACUUGAAAUCCUCUCAGGAAUGCUCUCUCUCACUCACCUGACAUUCAUACUCACAUCUCACAUUAUUCUAUUACUACAUGGAGUGGGUACUGCAUAGAGUGGGUACUGCAUAGAGUGGGUACUGCAUAGAGUGGGUACUGCAUAGAGUGGGUACUACAUAGAGUGGGUACUACAUAGAGUGGGUACUGCAUAGAGUGGGUACUACAUAGCGUGGGUACUGCUUAGAGUGGGUACUGCAUAGAGUGGGUACUGCAUAGAGUGUGUACUGCAUAGAGUGGAUACUAUGUAGAGUGUGUACUGCAUAGAGUGGGUACUGCAUAGAGUGGGUACUGCAUAGAGUGGGUACUGCAUAGAGUGAGUACUGCAUAGAGUGGGUACUACAUAGAGUGGGUACUGCAUAGAGUGGGAACUACAUAGAGUGGGAACUACAUAGAGUGGGUACUACAUAGAGUGGGUACUGCAUAGAGUGGGUACUACAUAGAGUGGGAACUAUGUAGAGUGGGUACUAUGUAGAUUGGGUACUAUGUAGAGUGGGUACUGCAUAGAGUGGGUACUGCAUAGAGUGGGUACUACAUAGAGUGGGUACUAUGUAGAUUGGGUACUAUGUAGAGUGGGUACUGCAUAGAGUGGGUACUGCAUAGAAUGGGUACUGCAUAGAGUAGGUACUACAUAAAGUGGGUACAACAUAGAGUGGGUACUGCAUAGAGUGGGUACUACAUAGAGUAAAUACUGCAUAGAGUGGGUACUACAUAGAGUGGGUACUGCAUAGAGUGGGUACUGUAUAGAGUGGGUACUACAUAAAGUGGGUACUGCAUAGAGUGGGUACUGCAUAGAGUGGGUACUACAUAGAGUGGGUACAACAUAGAGUGAGUACUGCAUAGAGUGGGUACUGCAUAGAGUGGGUACUGCAUAGAGUGGGUACUGCAUAGAGUGGGAACUACAUAGAGUGGGUACUACAUAGAGUGGGUACUACAUAGAGUGAGUACUGCAUAGAGUGGGUACUACAUAGAGUGGGAACUAUGUAGAGUGGGUACUAUGUAGAUUGGGUACUAUGUAGAGUGAGUACUGCAUAGAGUGGGUACUGCAUAGAGUGGGUACUGCAUAUAGUGGGUACUACAUACAGUGGGUACUACAUAGAGUGGGUACUGCAUAGAGUGGGUACUACGUAGAGUGGGUACUGCAUAGAGUGUGUACUGCAUAGAGUGUGUACUGCAUAGAUUGGAUACUAUGUAGAGUGUGUACUGCAUAGAGUGUGUACUGCAUAGAGUGUGUACUGCAUAGAGUGGGUACUACAUAGAGUGGGUACUACAUAGAGUGGGUACUACAUAGAGUGGGUACUGCAUAGAGUGGGUACUAUGUAGAGUGGGUACUACGUAGAGUGGGUACUACAUAGAGUGGGUACUACAUAGAGUGGGUACUACAUAGAGUGGGUUCUGCAUAGAGUGAGUACUGCAUAGAGUGGGUACAACAUAGAGUGGGUACUGCAUAGAGUGGGUACUACGUAGUGUGGGUACAACAUAGAGUGGGUACUACGUAGAUUGGAGACUGCAGGGAGGGGUUUAUACAAAUAUACUGAAGACAGUAGUGUAUGGCAGUAUAUAUUUCAUCAGAAUAUCAUAUAGUAUUAGGUGGAGAUGUGGGAUAUAUGAGGGAUAACACUCUCACACAAAAGCUGAGCUGACAUGCCACACCCUCCAUUACAGUAAUUACUGUGUGGAACAGUACACAGUAAAUCCAUCAGAAGGUGGAAUUGAUAUAUGGGACAUUUACUAAGGCUGGGUAUUUGCCAGGGAGGCGAAGAUAUGAUAUUAUCACGAUACCUAGUUGGCGUUCCGAUAUGUAUUACGAUUCGCACGAUUCUCACAAUUCUAUAUCGAUUGUGAUUAAAUACAGGGAUUUUACUGUGAUUCGAUUCAGGGAUUUUACUGUGAUUCGAUUCAGGGAUUUUACUGUGAUUCGAUACAGGGAUUUUACUGUGAUUCGAUUCAGGGAUUUUACUGUGAUUCGAUACAGGGAUUUUACUGUGAUUCGAUACAGGGAUUUUACUGUGAUUCGAUUCAGGGAUUUUACUGUGAUUCGAUACAGGGAUUUUACUGUGAUUCGAUACAGGGAUUUUACUGUGAUUCGAUUCAGGGAUUUUACUGUGAUUCGAUACAGGGAUUUUACUGUGAUUCGAUACAGGGAUUUUACUGUGAUUCGAUACAGGGAUUUUACUGUGAUUCGAUACAGGGAUUUUACUGUGAUUCGAUUCAGGGAUUUUACUGUGAUUCGAUGCAGGGAUUUUAUUGUGAUUCGAUACAGGGAUUUUACUGUGAUUCGAUUCAGGGAUUUUACUGUGAUUCGAUUCAGGGAUUUUACUGUGAUUCGAUACAGAGAUUUUACUGUGAUUCGAUACAGGGAUUUUACUGUGAUUCGAUACAGGGAUUUUACUGUGAUUCGAUACAGGGAUUUUACUGUGAUUCGAUUCAGGGAUUUUACUGUGAUUCGAUUCAGGGAUUUUACUGUGAUUCGAUGCAGGGAUUUUAUUGUGAUUCGAUACAGGGAUUUUACUGUGAUUCGAUACAGGGAUUUUACUGUGAUUCGAUACAGGGAUUUUACUGUGAUUCGAUACAGGGAUUUUACUGUGAUUCGAUACAGGGAUUUUACUGUAAUUCGAUACAGGGAUUUUACUGUGAUUCGAUACAUGGAUUUUACUGUAAUUCGAUUCAGGGAUUUUACUGUGAUUCGAUUCAGGGAUUUUACUGUGAUUCGAUACAGGGAUUUUACUGUGAUUCGAUUCAGGGAUUUUACUGUGAUUCGAUUCAGGGAUUUUACUGUGAUUCGAUGGUCCAAACAUAUUGCUCACCACAUGUCUGCUGCGGAGGGACAAGACAGCUGUGACAAAGCAAGUUCUGAUCAGUCAUGGAAAUGAAAGGUGAACAGGACAGGUGAACUGUAGGACAGAACUCUAAGGGGAAGAUGACAGACAGGUGAACUGUAGGACAGGUGAACUGUAGGACAGGACUGUAAGGGGAAGAUGACAGACAGGUGAACUGUAGGACAGGGGAACUGUAGGACAGGACUGUAAGGGGAAGAUGACAGACAGGUGAACUGUAGGACAGGUGAACUGUAGGACAGGACUGUAAGGGAAAGAUGACAGACAGGUGAACUGCAGGACAGGGAUAGAUGACAGACAGGUGAACUGUAGGACAGGACUGUAAGGGGAAGAUGACAGACAGGUGAACUGUAGGACAGGACUGUAAGGGGAGGUGACAGACGGGUGA